AUGGCGGAGGAGGCGCGCGUGUCGCGCUGGUACUUCGGUGGGCUGGCGUCAUGCGGGGCCGCCUGCUGCACGCACCCGCUGGACCUGCUCAAGGUGCACCUGCAGACGCAGCAGGAGGUGAAGCUGCGCAUGACGGGCAUGGCGCUGCAGGUGGUGCGCUCUGACGGCAUCCUGGCGCUCUACAACGGACUGAGCGCCUCCCUCUGCAGACAGAUGACCUACUCCCUGACUCGGUUUGCCAUCUACGAGACCGUGCGGGACCAGGUGACCAAGGGCAGUGAGGGCCCCUUGCCCUUCUACAAGAAGGUCUUGCUGGGCUCCAUCAGCGGUUGCAUCGGCGGCUUUGUGGGGACCCCUGCGGACAUGGUCAACGUCAGGAUGCAGAAUGACAUGAAGCUGCCCCAGAAUCAGCGCCGAAACUAUGCCCACGCCCUGGACGGCCUGUACCGUGUGGCCCGAGAAGAGGGUCUGAAGAAGCUGUUCUCAGGCGCAACCAUGGCGUCCAGUCGAGGGAUGUUGGUCACCGUGGGCCAGCUGUCCUGCUAUGACCAAGCCAAGCAGCUGGUCCUCAGCACGGGCUACUUGUCCGACAGCAUCUUCACUCACUUUAUCGCCAGCUUCAUUGCGGGUGGAUGUGCCACAUUCCUGUGCCAGCCCCUGGAUGUGCUGAAGACCCGGCUGAUGAAUGCCAAGGGCGAGUAUCGGGGUGUUCUGCACUGUGCCAUGGAGACAGCGAAGCUGGGGCCACUGGCCUUUUACAAGGGCCUCGUGCCUGCUGGUAUCCGCCUCAUGCCCCACACCGUGCUCACGUUUGUGUUUCUGGAACAGCUUCGCAAGCACUUUGGCAUCAAAGUGCCAUCCUGA